GGAUUCUUGAGGUUUCAUUAGAAAAAUGUUCUUAAAUGGGUCUUUGUAUUGUUUCGCGAGGUUGUUUUUUAUCAUUGGAUUUUUUAACGCUAUUUCUGGUGCAAUAAAAGGGAAUGACUAUCAGCGUUAUCACCAACAGAUUUCUGGAGAUCGUUUCUCAAAGGAUUUCUAUCGUCAAGACACAAAAAAUAAUUUAUUAAAUGCUUAUGUGCGUUUUAAACUCGUCACAGACUGCAUAUUCGUCACAUCAGAACCAGGAUAUUUCUUAUAUACUUCAAAAAAUGACAAUGAGGAGGUCUGUGGAAUUUAUUUUUUAGCUGGACCGGAUCAGAAAAUAGAAAUCAACUUCAUUACUUUUGAUAUACCUUGUGAACAUCGUGGAUUAGUUUCGAUCAUUGAUGGUUGGGAAUUAAACGGUGAAGUAUUCCCUAGUGAAAUGGAUCAUCAGUUACCACUUAAACAAAGAAGUAGUGAAUUUUGUGGUAAAAAUAUCGGUAUGAAAAGAAUUUUCACAAGUUCACAGAACAUUGCAGUUAUUGAAUACAGAAUUCCAAAAUCAGGAAAGGGAUUCUCGUUGUUCGCGAGAUUCUUGAAAAAUCCUAGACCCUGUAAUGUCUUAGCGACAAGCUUAACUGAGCCAUAUACGUUACGAAAUUAUGGACGACGCAUAAAUUGCACUUAUGUCGCGCUCUAUCCGAGUUCUGUGCAAGUGAUUGCAUUGGGCGUUGGAGUUUCAAAUUUUCUCAGUUCCACUCGCACUGCUGAGACCGGAACUAUACGAAAAUGUGAUGAAUCUAGUCCACAUGAUCAAGUAAUAAUUGGAGGUAGCAAUGGAUUAGAUACUUCUAAAGUUCAUAUAAUUGAUUCUAUUUGUGGAAUAGACUCUAAACCAGAUUAUCGCGAAUUGACGGAAUAUAGCGUUACUUCUGUUCGUUUAAUAUCAAGUGGUUUUUUCGAUAAUUUUGUAACAGUACAAAUUCAACCUCUCAAGAACGAAUUAUUCAAUGCAAAUAUUGGUAUUUAAUUAUUAACAUUAAAAAAAAAAAUCAUGAUUCGAAGUGAUUCGAAUUUUAUUGUAAUUACAUUUAUUAUCGAA